AUGAAGAGUAAUGUCAUGCGAACCCAUUCGACGGAUAACUCCAAGAGGGCUUCCAACAAGGACCGGUACGUGAAGUAUGAGGACCUAGUGGAGAAACACGGCGAAACAAUCGCCAAAGCCAUGAGGACCUCCAAGGAAAAGUUGGAGGCCAGAAGGCCUCUCAACGAGAAGCCCUACAUCCUCAAGCACCCAGACAUGCCGGACCUUGAUGGGUGGACCCUUAUUCGGGUCUUUGACGAAGCCACCGUGGAUACUUCCCAGACCGAGACGACUUCCACAACCGUCCAGGCCGCUGUGGAUCUAAAUGAGCAGCAGACCCACCAGCUCCUGCAGGAUCUGUCAGCCACGGGUUCCGUGGGCGAAGCCGACUUCGACCCCUUUGCCGCCCGUGCGAGUGCCGGUGCAUGUGCAGAAAAUCCCGGCGACGACAAAAAGGAGAAGAAGGAGAAGAAGGUGAAGAGCCUUCAAGAGGUGGCCCAUUCCAAGACCAAGGAUGCCAACAGCAAGGUUCUUGACGCUCAGAGCUUGAGGACCCAGCUUGCUGCCUUCUCCGCCGCGAAGAUGUCGGGUGCCAUGAAGGCCGGCUACUUGUCGGACCUCGAUGCGAAUGUGGCUUCGAUCCAGCAGGCAGUGCAGGCCGUGGACACGAGCCUGGGCACGGAUCCCUCGAAUCACAAGGGCGAUUUGCAAGGCUUUAUCGAUGCCUUGAAUGAAGCCGCAGAGCCCAAGCCGAAGGGCAAGGCGAAAGCGAAGUCGGCUCCGGGACCUGCCAAGUCGUGA